AUGCUGCUGUUGCACUUGGAGGACCAGGGCUGUCGUGUGUAUCUCGGCAUCCCUGAGUGUCCUGUCCAGAGGUUGGACACAUCUGCUGCUGCAGAGAGCACAGAGGUUUUGACUCCUUGGGACAGAAAGCUCACAAAAGUGGAGAGGCAGAGGUUUAAAGAGGAAGCAGAAAUGCUGAAAGGUCUACAGCACCCAAACAUUGUGAGGUUUUACGACUUCUGGGAAUCGUGUGCGAAAGGCAAGAGAUGCAUCGUGCUGGUUACCGAGCUGAUGACCUCUGGAACGCUGAAGACGUAUCUGAAGAGAUUCAAAGUGAUGAAACCAAAAGUCCUGCGGAGUUGGUGCCGGCAGAUCCUGAAGGGUCUUCUUUUCUUGCACACAAGAACUCCACCAAUAAUUCACAGAGACUUGAAAUGUGACAAUAUUUUUAUUACUGGACCAACUGGAUCUGUGAAAAUAGGAGACUUGGGUCUGGCAACCCUCAAGAGAGCUUCAUUUGCCAAAAGUGUAAUAGGUACACCAGAAUUCAUGGCCCCAGAAAUGUAUGAGGAACACUACGAUGAAUCCGUGGAUGUCUAUGCGUUUGGAAUGUGCAUGUUGGAAAUGGCUACCUCAGAAUACCCUUACUCAGAAUGCCAGAAUGCUGCUCAAAUCUACCGAAAAGUAACCUGUGGUAUAAAGCCAGCGAGCUUUGAGAAAGUUACUGAUCCUGAAAUUAAAGAGAUAAUUGGGGAGUGCAUCUGCAAAAAUAAGGAAGAAAGAUAUGAAAUUAAAGAUUUAUUAAGCCAUGCCUUUUUUGCUGAAGAUACUGGGGUAAGAGUGGAACUUGCAGAAGAAGACCAUGGUAGGAAAUCCUCUAUUGCCUUAAGACUCUGGGUAGAAGAUCCUAAGAAACUGAAAGGAAAACCCAAAGAUAAUGGAGCCAUUGAGUUUACUUUUGAUCUGGAGAAGGAAACUCCUGAUGAUGUUGCACAAGAAAUGAUUGACUCGGGAUUUUUCCAUGAAAACGAUCUCAAGAUAGUUGCCAAGUCCAUCCGGGACAGAGUAGCGCUGAUCCUGUGGAGGAGAGAGCGGAUCUGGCCGAGGAUGCAGUCGGAGGAGCGGCGGGACUCGGAGUGCCUGGAGAAGCUGAAGGCGCCGCAGGCGCAGCAGGUGCAGGUCACGUACCUGUCCCACACGGGGCACCACGUCCUGUCGGAGCCGGAGGAGCCGGAGGCGGACCAGCACCCCUUCCAGCAGAACCUGCCCACCAGCGUCACCUCCGUCGCCUCUGACAGCACGUUUGACAGCGGCCAGGGCUCCACUGUUUAUUCUGACUCCCAGAGCAGCCAGCAAAGUGUCAUCUACUCGUCCCUGCCCGAUGCAGUGCCCCCGGCCAUCCAGCGGGUGUACAGCCCCCCCCUGAGUGAGAGCCAGCCCGUGCCCCACAGCCUGCCCCAGCUCGGGCACUACCAGCAGCCCUCAGCACCCGUCCUCCCCGCGGUGCCGGCGGCGCCCGCCGUGGUGCCCCAGCACUACCAGGAGCCGGCGAUGCCGUUCCCGGUUGUCCAGCCCACCACGGUCGCCUCCCUCCCGCUGGGGCAGCCGCCGCCGCCAGUGCUGGCCGGCCAGCAGCAGCAGCAGCCCAUGUCCCAGGCGGCCCCCCUGCCGCAGGUCCUGGCCAGCCAGCCCGUGUGCCCGCUCCAGCCCGCGCCACACCUGCUGCCCCAGUUCCCAGCCCAGGGCUCGCCCGUGGCAGCCAGCAGUGCCCCCCUGAAGCCCCUGCAGAUCUCCACUGUGCCGCAGCUCCCGCCCGUGGCCCCCUCCCAGAUUCCUCAGUUUCCUGUCAUUCCUGCAAUUACUCCUCUGGCAGGCCUUGACAACCUUCCUCCAAACCUCUCUGACAUCCCUGCUGCAAACGUGCCCCCCAUUCCUGCUCCUUCCCAGUACUUUGCUCCGGCCGUGAUCCUGCCCAGCCUGCCCAUGAACCCCACCCUGCCCAUGGCCCCCAACUCCCCUGCCCUGCCCAUGCAGGCCGUCAACCUGCCUCACACCACCGUGGCUUCCCUGGUCCUGCCCUGCCAAACCAUAGUGCCAAACAUGUCGCUGCCACCAGUCCCGCUGCUCGCCGUGGCCCCGCCGGGAGUGGCCAGCGCUGCGCCGCACGCCGGGGUGCCCCCGCUGCCCCAGCAGCCCAUGUUCCAGCCCGCCUUCCAGCAGAUCCUGCCGAGCGACGCGCCCUCUCCCCACCACGCGCAGGGCACCCAGGCCGUGUCCCAGCCGCAGCAGCCGCCUCCUCCUGCUGCUCCGGCGCUGCAGCCGAGCGUGAUCCACCCUGCCGAGCCGGCUCUGGCCGCGCCGGGGGCUGCUCACCAGCCCAUGCCUGGACACACUCAGUUUGCUUUGGAAGCUGGAGCCCAGGUGCCCGUGCUGCCGGUGCAACCUUCGAUAGUCAUGUCACCGCCGUUGCAGCUGCAGCCUGAACUGGUGCCGCCCUGCGUCGCUCCCGAAGGCGCUCCCCAGGUCCAUGGCAGCCUGGCCACAGCCAGCCCGCCCGUACCUAUAGACCCCAGCCUGCCUGUCCAGCCCUCUGCUCUGCUGCAGCUCCAGCCUGAUCUUUCCCAGCCACUGGGCCAGCAGCUCCCAGCCCCCUGCUCGGCUGUCCCGGCAGGCGCAGAGACAUCUCAAGAGGAGCAGGCAAUACAGGACAAACUGCAAACUCUGUCCCAGAGCUGUGAAAGCUACAUGAGUCCAGAUGUUGCUUCGGGUAAAGAGAUGAGUGACAGCUUUGAAGGAGCAAUGGGAAGUGGAAAGCAAGAAGGAAAGUCUUCGAAGAAGCAUAAGAAGUCCACGCGCGCUCGUUCGCGCCAGGAGAAGUCCAACAGACCCAAACUGACCAUAUUAAAUGUGUGUAACACGGGGGAUAAGAUGGUGGAGUGCCAGCUUGAAACCCACAACCACAAAAUGGUGACGUUCAAGUUUGAUUUGGAUGGUGAUGCGCCAGAGGAAAUUGCUACUUACAUGGUAGAGAACGAGUUCAUCUUGCAGAGUGAAAAAGAGACUUUCAUUGAGCAAAUGAAAGAUAUCAUUGAUAAAGCAGAAGAUAUGCUCAGUGAGGAUACAGAAGGAGAGCGAAGUUCUGACCAGGGAACGAGUCCCCAGCAAGAUGCUGAUAGGCUGGAAAUGAGUGAGGAGAAGCGUCAGUCUCAAGUGAAGACACCUGUGUAUCAGCAAAAUGUUUUGCAUACUGGAAAAAGGUGGUUUAUUAUAUGUCCUGUGGUGGAAAAUCCAACUACGGAUGCCCCCGAAUUUUCCCCUCCAGUACCUCCCAGUGCCCAGCAGGCAGAAGGGCCAGACCCGGAGCAGGAUGAGCAGCCCGUGAGCUCCGCAGUGACAGAGGUGCCCGAGGUCGGGGCUGGGCAGCAGCUUCCUCUGCCCGGAGGAGUCUGUGACAGCCCCCUCGGAGCUGCUCCAUCCUUGGCACCAGCUCCCACUGCAGCAGCUUCCACCAGCGUCCCGAGCCAGGCAGAGUUACCAGCCUCAGCACUGCUGGGAUCUGCCCCCAACAUCCCGGAGCAGGCGGCAGCUGGCGGGGCCCAGCCGGAGUACCCCCCAGCCGUGGCAGCGGUGCCCCCUCACCCGGGGGGGCUGGAGGAGCCCCCCGAGCCGCCCCCCACAGCGCGGCAGCUGCAGCCGGCAGAGGAGGCUGCGUGUGUGCCCGACGUGGAGAUCGCCUGCUGGGCAGCGUGGGCCGCACAAGGCCCGUGCCUAAGCCGCCUCCGGCCCGCUCCCGCUGCUACCCGGACAACCGUGGUUCCUGGGAGGGCAGCACGGUGGCACAGGUACCCCCCCAACUGCCGCGUGGCACAGGUAUCCACACCCGGGACGGCGCUGCCGACCGAGAACGCACAACACGCCAGCCCGCUCGGCGACGCUCACCCUAUCGCAAGCCACCUUCCCCGCGCCCCACAUCCCGAGGGGCUGCGCGGCAUGGCGGGGUCCCAGCCUGCACGCGCCACGCACGCGCUCGCCCGCUGGCUUGCAGCCAGCCGCUGGCCGCAGGUAGAACCAAGCAGAGACAGGACAACCGUGUCCGCCCCGGCCGGGGGGUCGCGGCUCCUGCAGCAGCAGAACCCCCCUGGCACCACCGAGUCCGAUGGGGAGGGACCCCCUCGGGUGGACUUCGUGGACAACACGAUUAAAAGCCUCGAUGAGAAGCUGCGCAAUUUGCUGUACCAGGAAUAUGUUCCGACUUCCUCUGCGUCAGCUGGGACGCCGGACACUUCUGUGCCACCCGAACAGGGUGACAGUGAAUUUACCUUGCCACCUUUUCCUGAAGAACAAGGUCCUGCAUUGGUGUCGGAUGGCAGGGAACCAGGCUAUAAUGUCCCAGACACCAGCCAGGAUGUGAAAGCUGCUGCCAAGCCCCUUGUGCCAUCGGAGCUCUUGCCCUGCCCACCACCGUCGGAGGUCACCAGCGUCAGUGCACAUCCCCUGGAAGCAAGAGGUCCAGCUGCAAGCAUCGCUUCAGCUCCUGCUGCUCCAGCAGAAGGUCUCCUUCAGGUUGCACCUACAUCAUCAAGCAUAACUCCCCAGCUGGAAGCUUCCCAGAGGAGCGAGGAGGCAGAGAGGAUGGCUUCGCCUGCGCGCAGGGAGAGCGUAACGCGGCGAUCGACAGCAGAUGGGGUGAUGAGUAACCUUCACAGGGAUGGCUCCCUAGACUCUGGUUCCUAUGGCAAACAGGCUGAGGCUCAGGAGAGCGGCACCCCAGCCAAAACCAUCGGCAGGUUUUCGGUUGUCAGCACACAGGAUGAGUUGACUUUGGCGUCCCCGCACUGCCUGAGGUUCUCGGCGCCCCCGGACGUGUACCUGGACGAGCUGCCCUCCAGCCCGGACGUGAAGGCGGCCGUGCGGCGCGUGCAGACGGCCUCGUCCGUCGACGUGCUCUGCGACCAGGCGUCCAGCGACUCCGCCGAGGAGCCCUUCCCUCGGCAGCCCGCUGCUGCUGCCCAGCUCUCCCCCCCCAGCAGCAGUGCAGCCACGGACUUGAUCAAAAAGGCUGCUGCUUUCCUGCAGAGGUCUGGCAAAGGCGGCUCCCCGGGCCUGGAAUCGCCCAACGGGCAAGGGGCGAAGAUUCCCACCAUCAACAUAACGUCCUUCCACUCACAGUCGUCCUACAUGAGCAGCGAUAAUGACUCAGAGUUUGAAGAUGCCGAUAUGAAGAAAGAAUUGCAGAACCUGAGAGAAAAGCAUAUGAAGGAAAUUGCUGAACUCCAGACCCAGCAGAAGAAUGAGAUAGAGGCACUCUAUAUCCGGCUGGGGAAACCCCUUCCUCCCAACUUGGGCUUCCUUCACUCUGCCCCGCCGAGCGGCCGGCGCCGAAGAACCAGCAAAAACAAAUUGAAAGCUGGAAAACUCUUAAACCCUCUGGUCCAGCAGCUCAGGAGUGGAACAUCAAGCACAAGUAAUCUUUCAGACUCUAAAGACUCACCCCACAAAGAAACAAGUAAAUCCCAGCCGGGCUCCCCUGAAGCAGCCGCGGUGACCCUCCCCACACCCCCCACCUUCGGGAAGGCUGUGCAGACCCAGCAGCCCUGCUCUGUCAAAGCCUCUCUGUCCUCUGACAUCUGCUCCGGCCUGGGCCCCGACGGAGCCGACGCCAACGCAAGCUCUGGCCAAGGCUGGACGGUUUUCCACCAAACGUCUGAGAGAGUGACCUAUAAAUCUAGUAGCAAACCUCGUACCAGAUUCCUCAGUGGACCUGUGUCUUUGUCCAUCUGGUCCACCUUGAAACGACUAUGUCUAGGCAAAGAUCACAGUAGUAGAUCCUCGACCAACAGCCUGGUGACGUGUCCUGAGCCCCUCCCGCAGUCGACGCUGCAGGUUCAGGCCAACAACAGUAACAACAAGAAAGGGACGUUCACAGAUGACCUGCACAAGCUGGUGGACCAGUGGACGAGCAAAACUGUUGGAGCUGCACAGACAAAACCUUCUCUAAACCAACUGAAGCAGAACCAAAAAAGGCAAGACAUGGAGCCAAAGGCUAACCCCAUGCAAACACAGAAUGAGACAUGUGGAAUUCUGAAAAUGAGACCGUCGGCGACUGACACGUGGCCCCCGCAGCUGCAGUGCCAAGCGCGAGGCCCCGCCGCGGCUAAGGAGGAGGAAGAGGAAGAUGGGAAGUGAUUUAUCAUGUGUGAGGAAUUCUGUGCUGUUCUGGUCCAUUCGACGCAAUUUUGUAACUUCUUUCUAAUCAUUUUUUUUAUUUAUAGUUGGAAAUACAAAAAAAAAUGUUAUGCAAAAAAAAAAAAAAAUAAAGGAGAAUUAUUUUGGGGGAAAAGGAUUUUGUUCCAAAUUGUUCCCUUCUGUUGUGAGCCAGGUUUCCAUGAGCAGCAGAUGGAGAAGAGGGAGGAGGAGGAAGAGGAGGAGGCACUCCUUCAAAUGCUUUUUGUUUCACACAAUUAAUUGUCAUUUAAGCAAUUUUCCAAGCAAUAAGCCAGGCACACAUACAAGGAAGGCAAUUCCAGUUCCAUUUAAAUGUCUCACCAUUCUUUUGUAGAGAUGAGACUCUAUUUUAAAUCCACUUAAAUCAAGUAAAAAACCCUCCAGAUCCUGCACUGGAGAGUCAGUCUGUGCUCGUCACUUCCCUUUUUACCUCUUUCUUUUUCUCACAGACCAGCCACUUUUUCUUGCCGGACUUAAAUACAGUUUCGAGUCACUGCUGAUUUUAACUGUAAGACUAAAAUCCUUCCACAGACCAGUGGGUAAUUGGAGCCAUUUUUAAGACUCUAAAGUGCCUUCAAUGAGCUAAAAUGAGCAGUAGGGGUUUCUUUCUCUGGGUUCACUGGUGGUGGGUUUCACUGACUUUGGGUCGAGGGGAUGGACAGAGUAGUUUGAAGCAAUAAUCUCACAGGUGAUCAUUUAUCAAAGGACUGCUCACCUCUUUUUAAGAAAGCUGGGUUAGCACGGUCCUAAGGAGUGGGAAAGUGCUGCUCCUGCGGUUACAUCUGGGCCCCAAACUCUGUGCACCCACAGGCCUCCCCUGCUGCCUCGGCAGCCCCAGCCCAGGCUGUUCUCACCCUCUCACUCUUGCUUUUGAUCCCAGAGCCAUAGGAACUUCCACCUGCCCAUCAGCCCCUUGGCACCCCCCUUCCUCACAGCUGGAGCCUGGUGUUCUGUUUCGUUGUUAUCUGCCAUGUCUGUCUCUUCCAAAUCUUGGUUCUGAGUAAUAAAUCUUAUUUUGA